GAAAGUAAAAAGAAUGGAGAGAAACGGUGUAGAAAGAGGCAUGUGGCGAACGCGAAGAAAACGGAGAUGCCGAUGACAUCGCCGAUUUAAAUGUCAGCUGGCCCUGAACCCCGAACAGAACCCUUCGAACCGAGGCGCUGUCAAAAACAGUGUGUCGAGCAAAUCAGACCGUCCGGCAUAAGGCGACGCGAGUGAAAUUGUGAAAAGCCCUUGAUUGUAGACUUCCCGAAACCAGUCGAAAGUUCUUCAUCGCUUCUUCGUUCGUUCUCCAUUUUCGUGCUCUCUUCUUCGCGUUUCUACCGACAAUGGAAAGAUUCGGCGUGCCACGUGGCAAGCGUCCUCGGGUGCAAGUUUCCAUGGACGAUAAAGAACGUGCCAUAGCCCGUAUUCGAGGCGGCGAGACCAAGGCCGGCAUCUCACGGGAGCUGGGCGUCCCGGAGUCCACCGUCCGGGGCUGGGUGAAACGGGCCGAGCAGCGGAUGACCCGCGACGCGGCUGUGGGGCAGCAAGGUAGCAGCAGUUAUCCCUCGAUCCUGGCCAUGGCCAUGGCGAAGCCCCAGAUCAGCAUCACCCCAGCCAGCGCCACCUCAAAUGGCUUCACCCCAUCGACGGUCUCCGCGCCAACCCCGAAGCCGCCCCAGAAGCGCACUAGUAACGGUCAUCCUGUGCCGCGCCCACUGCCGACUCCAAUGCCGCUGACCACCGGUCUCCAGAACCAGAUGGCACCUGUGCAGCUGCCGCUACCGCUGGCGCUGCCCGUGCCACUGCCGCUGCCCAUGCCAGUGCCCUUCCCUGUGCCGCCGCAUAGUGACGACUCGUCGGACAGCCAGCUUCGGAUCAACGCCUGGCUGCACAUCUUCAACGCAGGCGUCCUGAACUUUACUAUGAUUACCACCGCUGCCCUAUUGCAAGCUCGUGCCCGCGGCGUGGCGGAUCGCUUGCCGUUGUGGCAAAUCAUCACAGACUUCGUGGAGGAAGCGGGUCGCAAUGUGGCCGCCAACGGGGGCCGGUACGUGCUGGAGGCUCCACCAUCGCCGACCGCCUCUACAUCAGUGGCGGCUACGAGUCCACGACAUAGGCAGAGCAACAGCUUUUCGGCGCCACGCCUUCACAUCACGGCCGAGGACGACGAGGACGACGAGGACGCAUCUACGGAGUCCGAUGUGGAUCCGUGA